AUGAUAGGAGAGGCCAUGUGCCGAUAUGAUGGAGCCGAGUGUCUGGUGGAGGUGGUCUGCAGUGUCUUCAGCGAGGCAGCCGUCCUGUACGUGGAGAGAGAGGAGAGGCCUGGGAGAAAGAGUAGCCAUGAUCUCCUGUUGUCUCUACUGGACACUCUGCACAAUGUACUGACCAGCACAUCCAGAGUGGUGCGCAUUGCACUCCAGGGAGCUGAGUCCCAGGGAGAGACCCAGGCUGCAGAGGACCUCCUGCUCAUCAACAAACCUCUGACACAACUCACAUCCCUGCUCAUUCAGAUGCUGCCGUGUGAGGAUGUGGAGGUGUAUGAGGAGACCAGUCAGUGCCUGUCCCUGCUGAUGCAGCUGUAUGGAGGGGACAGCCCUGACUCCCUCAGCCCCCUGAACCUCCAGAGCCUCAGCCACGCGCUGCAGCUCCAGACCCAGCCUAAACAACACAGACUACUGCUCCGUAUCAUCAAACGCCUGAUCCCAGCUACUACAGACAGUUUGUGGUACAGCUCAGCUGAGGGUCAAGAGCUGGUCCAUGUUCUUCAGAGACUGAGUCAUUCUGCCAGGUCCCAUGCUGAUGUUGCUGUGGUUUCACUGGCAGCGGAGAUCCUGACCGGGAUUAGAUUCUAGAAUGUUGAUUCAUCAGCAACAAUGGAUUGGCUUCGAGAAGGACCAUAAUUCACAUCAGUGAUCAGCAACAUAAACCGUGUCUCCAUUAUGGUGCCUUGCUCUAUAGCUUUAUAAUAAAACUAGCAUCCAUUGUGG